CCUCAACAGCGAGCAGAAGAAGAAGUGACAUUACGUUAUCCAGUGUCCUUGUGCUUCCGCGGCUUCCUGAGCACUGCGAUCUAAACUAAAGCAUAAAUUCAUCAUGUUUAGACACUUAAGGACAUUGCAGCAGGUCUCCAGACGCACUCUAUUCAACAGUGCACCCAGACAGCUGGAGAAUAAAGUCCCAGCAAAGCAGAAGUUGUUUCAGGAAGACAAUGGGAUGCCAGUUCAUUUGAAGGGAGGUGCAAAGGAUGCUCUCUUGUAUAGGGCAACAAUGGCCCUUACUGUCUUUGGAUGUGGUUUUGUGGUGUAUUCGCUUGUCGAUGCUGCAUUGCCCAAGAAGAAGUAAUAAACAGUUCCCUCUGUUCCCAUGUCUGAGCUGUAAAGAUCAUUAAACCUCAGAAUUGUACUGUCAGUUAUUUUCAAUACAAGGAAUAAAUAUUUAUUGAUUGUGCUAUAAAGUACAUGUAAUAUGUAAUAAAAUGUCACACUGUACAAACGG